UCUCUCUCUCUCUCUCUCUCUCUCUCUCUCUCUCUCACUCCCAUUUUUAUCUCCGUUGAUCGAUCUUUCCCAUCCAUCCGAGCAGCUGAAAAGGAAUUUAGAGUGAUGUCGCAUCGCAAGUUUGAGCAUCCGCGCCAUGGCUCUCUUGGGUUCCUUCCCAGGAAAAGAGCCUCACGCCAUAGAGGAAAAGUGAAAUCGUUUCCUAAGGAUGAUCCAAGCAAGCAACCAAGGCUUACUGCUUUUAUAGGAUACAAAGCUGGGAUGACCCACAUAGUGAGGGAAGUCGAGAAACCUGGGUCAAAGCUCCAUAAGAAGGAGACAUGUGAGGCAGUAACAGUCAUUGAAGCACCUCCGAUGGUUGUUGUCGGUGUCGUGGGCUAUGUGAAGACCCCUCGGGGCCUGCGGUCUUUGAACACCGUUUGGGCUCAGCAUCUAAGCGAGGAGGUAAAGAGGAGGUUUUACAAGAACUGGUACAAAUCCAAGAAGAAGGCGUUCACAAAGUAUUCAAAGAAGUACGAAACUGAUGAUGGGAAGAAGGAAAUUCAGGUCCAGUUAGAGAAGAUAAAGAAGUAUGCUUCUGUUGUUCGUGUUUUGGCUCACACUCAGAUUCGGAAGAUGAAGGGCUUGAAACAGAAGAAGGCUCAUCUAAUGGAGAUCCAAGUGAACGGGGGAACUGUCGCUGAGAAGGUUGACUAUGCGUAUGGGUUCUUCGAGAAGCAGAUUCCUGUGAAUGCUGUUUUCCAGAAGGAUGAGAUGAUCGACGUCAUAGGAGUUACCAAGGGAAAGGGGUACGAAGGUGUUGUGACCCGCUGGGGUGUAACUCGCCUUCCGCGCAAGACACAUCGAGGGCUCCGCAAGGUUGCUUGCAUCGGUGCGUGGCAUCCAGCUAGGGUUUCUUACACAGUGGCCAGGGCUGGGCAGAACGGCUACCACCAUCGCACUGAGUUGAAUAAGAAGAUUUAUAAAAUGGGAAAGGCCGGGGACGAGUCGCACACGGCUGUAACUGAAUUUGACAGGACGGAGAAGGAUAUAACUCCAAUGGGGGGAUUCCCACACUAUGGAGUAGUGAAGGAUGACUAUAUAAUGAUCAAGGGUUGUUGCAUGGGCCCGAAGAAGCGCGUCCUCACCCUGCGUCAGUCGCUGCUUAAGCAAACCUCGCGCGUGGCCUUGGAGGAGAUCAAGCUCAAGUUCAUCGACACCUCGUCCAAGUUCGGCCACGGCCGCUUCCAGACCACCGAGGAGAAGGCCAAGUUCUACGGAAGGCUCAAGGCUUGAUUGAUCAAGCAGGCGGUGAACGAGCGAGAAAUCUACAUCGCUAUUGAACUUCCUUUUUUUUUUUUCUUUUUUUUUUUUGGGAAUUCUCCAAUUUAUAUAUGCACCAAGACUCUUAGAUCAGGAUGCUCUUUGCAGUUUUUUUUAAAAAAAAUUUUGACUUGUCUAGUGCUCUACUUUGUGCUUGCUUAUCAGAUUUUGUCUGUUGUUUCUUUUUGAGGUUCUAAGAAUGUACUGGCUAUUCUUUUUCUUGUUAUUUGUGGACAACAACUGCAAUUGGUGCAGCAUUUAUCUUUGGUUAUUACAAGAGCCUCUUUUGUUGCUA